AUGGCAGCUCCCAGGCGAGCGGGCACAACAACGCCGUCCAACUCGGUUGCCUCUGCCACUGGCUAUGCGGAGGCUUCAGAGAUGGACAAGUACCGGCUCGUGAGCAACAUUGGCCAAGGCAGCUUUGGUGUCAUCUCCAAAGUUCAACGCAUCAAUGACAACAAAGACUUUGCCCUCAAGCAGCUAGACUAUGGCAAGAUGACGGAGCGCGACCGUAAGCAGAUCCUGGCUGAGGUAGCGAUUCUCGAAUCUCUCAAGCACCGUAACAUUGUACAGCUUGUGCAGAAGAUAAAGGACCCCAAGAACGAACGCAUCUUCAUUGUCAUGGAAUUCUGUACUUCGGGCGACCUUGGCUCUCUCAUCCGCAAGGCCAAGCGCAGCAACACUCCUCUGCCCGACGAUCAGAUCUGGAGCAUCUUCCUGCAAAUCACCUUGGCUCUGCAUCAUUGUCACUGGCCCAACGAGCGUCCCCGUGUCGCAAAUGGUCGGGCAGACGGUGUGGCAGCCAGGACGCAGGUCCUGCACCGCGACCUCAAGCCUGAGAAUGUAUUCCUCUCAGGUGAUGUUGUCAAGUUGGGCGACUUUGGCCUGAGCAAGGACAUGGCCGGCCUUGCCUUCACCAGCACAUACGUGGGGACUCCCCUGUACAUGCCUCCCGAGAUCCUGGCCGAGAACCGUUAUGACACCAAGUCUGACAUUUGGAGCCUCGGAUGCCUGGUCUUUGAGAUGUGUGCACUCAGCUCGCCUUUCGCCUCCGCCAAGACUCAAGAGGAGCUCAUCACGAUGGUCAAGUCGGGCAAACUGCCGCCCCUGCCAUCCCACAUUUCCCCUUCGCUCAAGGCCGUCAUCAGGGCUAUGCUCAACUUGAAUGGACCUGUUGGAAAUGGACGAGAUGAAAGUCCAUCACAAAGGGUUCCACGUUCAGAUGCAUUCCAGGCUGAUUUACAACAACGCGAAGCUCGUUUGCAAGAACGCACCUCAGCACUACAGAAGGAAUACGUCGAAAUGUCUCAGCGCGAAGCGUCCGUGAGGGAGCUGGAAGCAGCCCUCAAUGCUCGCGAGGCUGAGCUCAAGGACCGCGAGAACGUCCUUUGCGAAAACAAUCGCCGCAUCUCCCAGGCCAGAGACGCAAUUCGUCGGGAGUGGGAAAAUAUUAGGGAAGUGAAGGACGCUCAAGCCAAGGACCUCAUGGAGCUGCCGGUUGCGUCUCCCGAGGAGAUCGUACCUGAAGCUGCGCCUAAUCGACCACCACUUGAGGAGCGAAACAAUCUCCAGCGUCGCCUGGCGUCCAAGUCGAUGACCAACCUUGCCGCUCGCGCUCGUUCCGACGACGAGUUUGUUGCUCCCUUACAGUCCACGCCCGCCAAGCAAGCUCGUGCACAGGGAACGCCAUAUCGUCAUGUCACUGGAAGGACAUCUAUCGGGUCGCCUGGAGAGCUUGACCGCGUCUUCGCAGAGGACAUCACCAUGGCCACGGCGUCCUUUGCCAUCUCCCCCGCUCACUCGUUGCUAUCGACGCCGUUCCUCCCCCGUCCACGCAAGUUUAGCGAUACAGUGGAUGACAGCCCUUGCUUGCCACCAACCCAGAUUCCAGCCCCAACGUAUGUGUAUCGCCCUGAAGCAACACCAGCAAAGUGGUCUGCCGACGAUCCCGAUCUCCCGUCUCCUUUCAUCCGGCGCACAGUCCCAGCUGCCCCUAACCUUACCGGUGCCAGUGCCACUUCAACAGACCGUGCGCCCCUGGGCAGCAUCAACCCGCAACCGGCAGGUGGACCUACUCCAGCAACCAGCACUGCCAACGGAGCCAUCAGCGGUCUUCCCAACGGUGCCGCCAGUGGCUCGGUGCGCAAGAUCCCCCGUUCGCGUAGCGGCACAAACCUACACGCCAACAUGCUCAAGAGCAACUUCAACGCCGCUACUUCGGCGGUCUCACGUACUCCGGCAGCCCCGGGGUUGGGGACCGGCAGCGCAGUGCGUACCCGCCCAGUGGUGGGACGCGACCCCGCACGAUGUUAG